UCAAUUCGUGUAAAUACAGACUUUUGACAAAAUGGCAAAUUGGAAUACUUUAAUACCGUCUCAAUUCAAGCCGUCCGGUUUCAUUUCGGCUCUACGAACAUUCUUAGGUGGAAGAAAUUUCAAGCCUAAUAUAAGAAUGGUUGAUGAAGUCUCGUCAGCCACUCAACCUCCACCUGAUGUUCCAGGAGGACCUAAUCAUACAGUUUUCAAUAAUUAUUAUUGUACACGUGACAGCCGUAGAGAAGUUACACAACCAGUAAUAAUUUUUGAAAAUAGUUCAAAACUUAUUGAAAAUACAAAGAAACCUGAUCCUGGCUGCCCAUCAAAAGUGCCUCUUCCAGGAAAAGUUUUCCACUGGGAUUAAAAUUGUGUGAUUUUAUACAUAGUAGUGUAAAUGUAUUGAACUAUAUGGUAUAAUCAGUAGAUUUAAAUAAACAAAUGUCUUAAAAAUGGCAACUGAAUUUUUAUUUUUAGUAAUCAAAUGUUAAAUUGAUAAAGGAUGUUUAAUAAUAAUUAUUAUUAUAUUAGUUUAUAUUUACCUUUUUAGUUAUUUUGUAUUAUAAAUUAUAAUAUAAGUUUCAACAUUUAUUUUAUUAUCUACUAUUAUCAGUAAAAUAUAAUAUUUUAUUCAACUAUUAUUUUUAAUAAAUACUUAUAUUUAUGUUAUACACAAAACAAAAUAAAUUUAAAAAAAAAAUUAAAUAAAGAAAACAUAAUAUUAUGUAAUAAGUAAUGACUAAUGAUUAAACAUGAGAUAAAAUUAUAUAACACGUUGACUGCGUACUGACGCCAAUUGGCGUUAUAAGUAUCAUUCAUCAACGCAUUUGACGCCAUAUGGCGUCUACUAUACAUUUAAAAUAAAUGGUUUAAAAUUCCCUACGUGUGGCUGAAUGUUAUUUUAUUAUUAUUUAGCGUGGAUUAAACGCAUGUUUUUAAAUAUGCAUAUAUACAUCGUUAUGAGUAGUUUCUUUAUAUUUUUUUAAAAUUUAUUUUGUUUUUACUUUCGUUAUACACACUGGGUGAAAAUCGCAAAAAGACAUACGCAGUCUACGUGUUUAUAACUGAAUAUUUUAUAAAUAAUUUAUAAUUUCAUCUAAAAGGAAAAAUAGUUUUCAAAUUAUAAACAAAAGAACACAAUUAAUAAAAAAUGUGCUAGCUCAUUUUAUUAAAAAUGUUUAUAACCUUGUUAAUAAUUUAAUUAUUUUAAAUGCAGUUUUAUGUUUUUGAUUCUUUAAAAA